AUGUUCACCACAUCAACUUCACCACAUCAACUUCACCACAUCAACUUCACCACAUCAACUUCACCACAUCAACUUCACCACAUCAACUUCACCACAUCAACUUCACCACAUCAACUUCACCACAUCAAGUCCACGUUGUUGUUACCGCCCUUUGAUCUGAUCGAUCAAAAACUACUCGACCGAACAAAAUCUGGCCUCGAUCAGAAAAUGUUAGAAAAAAUUCAGACCGCCUUCGGCAUCAAGUGGCCUGAUGUGACUUUACAGGAUAUGAACAAACCACUGCACAAUGGUCUAGCUGCUCGAAUUCUCAUCCAUUUAAAUGGCGAAAGAAUUCCAGCUCAAAGUGGGACUCAGAUAAAAAUUUGGAGAAAAGUUUUCCACGGUGGUACUGAUGCGGCUGAUUUUAAUUUCUUUCCUGCCUCUUAG